CCGCGUGAAGGGGCGGGCCGGGGAGCCGCGGUGCGGUGCGGGGCCGGGUCUGGGCGGCAGCCCCGCCGUGGCAGGAAGCCGGAAGCAGCCGCGGCCCCAGCUCGGGAGACAUGGCGGGCGUUAAAGCUCUCGUGGCAUUGUCCUUCAGUGGGGCCAUUGGGCUGACUUUUCUCAUGCUGGGUUGUGCCUUAGAGGAUUAUGGCGUUUACUGGCCCUUGUUUGUCCUGAUAUUUCACGUCAUCUCUCCCAUCCCCCAUUUCAUUGCCAAAAGAGCAACUUAUGACUCCGACGCCACAAGUAGUGCCUGCCGGGAGCUGGCAUAUUUUUUUACUACUGGAAUUGUUGUCUCUGCCUUUGGAUUUCCUGUUAUUCUUGCCCGUGUAUUGGUGAUCAAAUGGGGAGCCUGUGGCCUUGUGCUGGCAGGCAAUGCAGUCAUUUUCCUUACAAUUCAAGGUUUUUUCCUUGUAUUUGGAAGAGGAGAUGAUUUUAGCUGGGAGCAGUGGUAGCACUUUAUUCUGAUAAAAUGCAUUUUAUUUCUUAGAAGUCAUACUGUAUGUAUUUGUUGCACAUAUGGCCUUUUACUAUGAAAUUUCAUAUGCUGAUUUUUUUUAUGCCUUUAUAUCAUGUUCACUGUAAGAAGAACUACAUGAGAAAAAGAUUCGUUUUAUUUCCAGCCAGCAGCGCUCUCCAUUUACUCAAGUUGAAUUAGGUUAUUUGGCUGUUCAUAUAGUCAUGGUGCUCUCAGAAAAUACAUGAACACAGUCUUGUAGAUGGCUGCUCACUCGUGCAAGGCACCUUUUGCCUGGGGAUGUGCGUGGUGGGCAGAGACCACUGGAGCGCGAAUCUCCUUCUGCCCAGGACUCCCAAGAUGUACUUGCGGCCCAGAGAGACAGAGACGGAGGGAGCUCCCUCUUUGUGUUGUAGAUCCUUGCUUCUCAAAGUGCCGUUGGUUGGGUCUGUACAGCACCUGCCUCUCCUAGGAGCCAGCAUGUACAGAAUCAGCGCUCCACCAGGGACCCAGCGUGUUUUGGUUGAGAUCCCAAGUGAAUUAUGUGCACAUGCAAGUGUGAUCAGUGCCGUCACAGAGGGAUAAUUAUCACAUCUAGCGCCCUUGUCUUGGCUUUGGCUGAACCACUUAACCUCUCUGGGCGUUAGCAGCUCAUUUGUAAAAGCUGUUUCACCUGCCUUCAUGUUGAGGCCUAGCCCAGAGUCUCUCGGUAUUUGUGAAACGUCCAAACUGAUACUGUCGUUCCUCACUUUUGCGGAAUUGUUCGCAGCCGGGAGCAGCGGUGUCUUCACACCAUCUGAAAUGCAGUGGCUGUUUGCACGGUGCUGGGGGAACAGAAUCACCCCAGAGCCACACUGGGACGCCCCGAGGGAGGCCAGGUUGGAACCAGUCCCUGCUUCAGCAGGGUGGGCAAAAGCAGAUAGGUAAUACUGUUGCAUUUCCCUUAAUAACCACACGCCUCUCCCCCGCUGCUCUGUGAUGCUCUCUGCCUCCCCCCGACCAAACACACACACUCUCCGUGGUUCUGACUUGCCCUGACCUCCUCCCGGCUCUGCCUCUUCCUCUCCACGGAGCCAAGUAAGCAGGCUGAGGGUGAGCUGCUUAUUUUCUUCACAUGUUGAUGUACUUACAGUCUUUCACACCUUGUAGGUCUUUUAAUUUAUAUAAUACAUACAUAAAACACCUUAUGCCACUUUUAAAUGGAUCAUUGGGAAUACGUGUCAUGCUGGCUCCUCCAAUCAGUUUUUCUUGCUCGACUUUUUGUCCAAGGUCUAUUGAGAAAGGGAAAUACAGGAACUAGAAGCACUUGGUGAGAAUAUAAUGACU